CGCCCUCCCGGCCCGCCCCACGCGCCCUCCCGGCCGGCCCGCGCCGCCACCUCUCAGUCCCGACCCGCCGCUCGUGCGCCCCAGGAGCCUGCCUUGCGAGCGCGACCCGCGCCCCCUGGCUCCCUCCAGCAGCCGCCGUCAGGCCGAGCCCCAGCUCCGGAGCAGCCGCUGCCGCUGCCGUGACAUGGUCCUCUGCGUUCAGGGACCUUGUCCUUUGCUGGCUGUGGAGCAGAUCGGGCAGCGGCCCCUGUGGGCCCAGUCCCUGGAGCUGCCCGAACCAGCUAUGCAGCCUUUACCUGCUGGUGCCUUCCUGGAGGAAGCAGCAGAGGAGUCCCCAGCCCAGCCAGAGGGUGAGCCCAAGGUGCUGGACCCCGAAGAAGAUCUGCUGUGCAUAGCCAAGACCUUCUCGUACCUUCGGGAAUCUGGCUGGUACUGGGGUUCCAUUACGGCCAGUGAGGCCCGGCAACACCUGCAGAAGAUGCCAGAGGGCACAUUCCUAGUACGUGACAGCACCCACCCCAGCUACCUGUUCACAUUGUCGGUCAAAACCACCCGUGGCCCCACCAACGUGCGCAUUGAGUACGCCGACUCCAGCUUCCGCCUGGACUCCAACUGCCUGUCCAGGCCGCGCAUCCUGGCCUUCCCAGAUGUGGUCAGCCUUGUGCAGCACUAUGUGGCCUCCUGUGCUGCAGAUACCCGAAGUGACAGUCCUGACCUUGCAACCACCCAAGCCCUGCCUACCCCUAAGGAAGAUGCACCUGGUGACCCAGCACUGCCUGCUACUGCUGUACACCUAAAACUGGUGCAGCCCUUUGUGCGCAAAAGCAGCACCCGAAGCCUGCAGCACCUGUGCCGCCUCGUCAUCAACCGUCUGGUGGCUGAUGUGGACUGCCUGCCACUACCCCGGCGCAUGGCUGACUACCUCCGACAGUACCCCUUCCAGCUCUGACCCAGCCAAGCAACCGCCUAGCCUCACCCAGCCAGACCCUGGAGGGGACACCGACUCCAGCUGGACUUGGGCUCCCACUAUCCCUCCUCCAGUCCUCCUGGUGCCACAUGCAUCUGGCAGCUGGACCAGGAAGGGUCUGCAGGAACAAGGCUGGGGGUGAGGGGUAGGGAGGAGUGUCACACGACUUGGAGGUCAGCGCCCCCAGCUCCCAUGUGGCUCCAUUGUGGUGGGCCAUGUGACAGAAGAGGGGACUGGCAGGACCUCGUCUCACCCUGUGGGCUGGGCCCAGGCCCCAACUCACCUGCUGUGGCCUCCUGAACUGCGUAGACUUGGCCGGCCCUGGUUUCUCAGUCCACAGGGUGGGGCAGGCCCCCUCCUUUCAGCCAGCCUCUGUCUCAGGGGGGAUGGCAGCCAGAGGAACUGAGGUUGACACUGACAGUCCCCUUCUGCGGGAGCAGGCCAGGCUGGGGGACGGCACAGUUAUAUAGUAUUUAUUUAUUUAUUCUCCUUGGGUUGGAGAGCCAACCCCACCUCUCUGCCUGAGCCCUGAGUGCUCCAGAGACCCCAGCCCUGCCUCAGCUUCUCUGGUUCCUCCCAGCCGAGAGCCUCUUCCUGAGACGUGUUGCUGGACCCAAGGCAGUCCUGGGUGUCCUGGCGCUGACCCACCCACCUGUGAAGGUGUCCACCCUCUUCUGCCUCCAGCCCUGUUUUGGGAGGAUGGGUGAAUAAACAAGAAAAGAGAGCCAAAGUGUUAGCGCCUUGCAGAGCCUGCUACUCACCCCCUUGCAGGGCAGAGCCCUGUCUGCACAGAGCUGGUCUCGCUGGGGCACAGGCCCUGCAUGAGUGUGGGUGCCGUGUCAGGGAGGAGCAUGGUAGUUUGAGGGCUGCCACUCCACCUCUGAUGGGUCUGCUUCCUGCCCAGGAAGGUGCCUGCACAUGAAAGAAGGAAAGAAAAUACAUAUCUGAUAAGACUUUAUAAAAUAAUUAUUUCUAAAAAAAAAAAAAAACCCACAGUUUGGUAGUCAUUUUUUUUUCACUGAUUUUUCUGUAAUGACAAUAAAAUUGUACCUUUCAUUUAUGGAGCCCUCAGUGGGGCCUCUUUUGAGUUGUA